AUGAUCAACGCUUUUCUGGUCUUCAACGGCCAGGGCCAGCCUCGGCUGACCAAGUUCUACACGCAGCUGGAAACGAGCAUGCAACAACGCCUGAUUUCCGAGAUCUUCACCCUCGUCUCGAACCGCCCGGCAGGAUCCUGUAACUUCCUUCCGCUCCCGCCCUUGCUCGCCGCCUCGGGCACUUCCCAUUCGUCCUCCGAAGAGCAGAACGACGUCCCCUCCCUCGUCACAUACCGCAAUUAUGCGACGCUCUACUUCAUCGUCAUCUCUACAUCUACCGAGUCACCUCUCGCGCUUAUUGAUUUGAUCCAAGUCUAUGUUGAGGCUCUCGACAAGCUAUUCGAGAAUGUGUGCGAGCUGGACCUUAUUUUCAACUUUGAGACAUUACACGCCACGUUGGGUGAAAUGAUUGUAGGAGGAGUGGUUAUAGAAACAAAUCUGGACCGUAUUGUGUCGGGUGUAAGGGCGCAAGGAACAGUAGCAAAACGGCCAGUGAACGAAGGCCGGAGUGCGGGUAUUGGUGGUGGUUUGGGUAUGGGAGGCAAUUUUGUCUGGCAUGGAAGGUAG